CCACCCCGAGACAGCCAUGGCCCAGAAGUACUUGCUCCCGCGCCUCCCUUAUGCCUACAAUGCUCUCGAGCCGGUCAUCUCCGCACAAAUCAUGGAGCUUCACCAUGCGAAGCAUCAUAACACCUAUGUGACGAACCUCAACAAGGCGCUUCAGGACCGGGCGGCAGCGCUGAAGGCUGGAAAUAAGGUUGAUAUUCAAGCGAUCAUCAAUUUCAAUGCUGGCGGACAUAUCAAUCACACACUACUCUGGCAAAGCAUGGCCCCCGCUAACGCCCCUGAAGCCAAGGUUGAAGCCGCGCCGAGAUUAUGGGAGGCAAUUCGUCAACAGUGGGGAGAAGAUGCUGGUGCAUUUCGGAAGAAAUUUAACGAGGCGUUAUUGGGAAUUCGUGGAAGUGGAUGGGGUUGGUUGGUCCGUGAGGGAAAUCAGGGGCCUCUGGCUAUUGUAACCACCCAUGAUCAGGAUAUCGUUGCGAAGCACCAAGUGCCUAUCUUUGCAGUAGACAUGUGGGAACAUGCAUAUUAUUUGCAGUACCUGAAUGGGAAGGCCGCUUAUGUCGAGAAUAUUUGGAAUGUCAUUAAUUGGAAAGGAGCAGAGGAGCGAUACCUUGGAGAGAGCACCGACAGCUUUGAGGACCUCAAGGCGUUAAUGUAG